AUGGACGAACAAGGUCGCGUUCUGGAUCAGCAAGGUCGCGUUCUGGAUCAGCAAGGUCGCGUUCUGGAUCAGCAAGGUCGCUGUCUGGAUCAACUUCAACUCGAAGCAGCUGGCCCAUUGGGGGAGUUGUUGGAGCGCCAUGGCGAGGAGCUGGACCCCAUUGGCAGCAUGCGAGCGCUCUUUGAGGAGCACGACAAGCCCGCAUUCGCCGCAUAUGGACCUUCUAGAUGGGUCGCUGCAUCUGGAGGAACCGAACUGUUGAGGGAAGGCCGUGCAGGGGGGUUGCUGGAACGUUUCGGCGAGGACUCCAGCAUGCGAGCGCUGGUUGAGAGACAUGGGCCGUCAAGAAUGAGGCCUGCAUCAGGAGGAAUCAAGCUCUUGGGGGAAAGCCGUGUAGGGGAGUUGCUGGAGCCGCAUCGUAACGAGGACCCGGGCAUUGGAGCCAUUCUUCUUGCGGCACCUAGCAAAAGCGCAUGCGGAUACGGGUCUUCUGCUUCCCACUCGAGUUGUGGAGCAGGAGAGGUCAAAUCAGUUGGUGAAUGCGGUAUCUCAAAGACUUCUGUAUUUGGGCGGCUUGGACAAGACCCCACUGGUGGCACCAUUGGAGCCAGCUUGAUGCGCGAACCUCAGACAUCGACGUUCACUUACGACGCGCAGAUAUUGAGUCAAGAGGAGAGUGGUCUCCUGGAGGAGCUAUUGAGGCGCCAUGGCCGACUUGACAGCCCAAUCGGGAUGCCGCCCUUCAUGUACGGCCAGCCUCGUCCGCUUCUGGAAGACCCUCAAAUCCCAAAUCAGGAGGAGAGUGGGCUCUUGGAGGACCUAUUGAGCCGCCAUGGCCGACUUGAGAACCCCAUCGGCAUGCCGCCCUUCAUAGGAGCAGCGGCAGCAGCAGCAGCGGCGGCAGCAGCAGCAGCGGCGGCAGCAGCAGCAGCGGCGGCAGCAGCAGCAGCGGCGGCAGCAGCAGCAGCGGCGGCAGCAGCAGCAGCGGCGGCAGCAGCAGCAGCGGCGGCAGCAGCAGCAGCAGCAGCAGCAGCUGUUGCAACGGCAGCACCAGCGACAGCGGCAGCAGCAGGUGCAGCAGCAGCAGAAAGUGGCAGUGGAGAGCUGGAUCACACAGGCUUUGAGUGCCUCCGCAACAGAGAGCAUGCGCGGUUGGACGGGCAAGCAGUGGGGCUGGGAUGCAUUCAGCCGAGGAGCAUGAAGGAGAGGUGCCGGCGCGAUCGCAUCAGGAGAGGCCUGGAGCUGCUGCAUCGAGCAUUACCCCCAUCUCUCGCAAGAGCACAACUCGAUACAGCCACAAUGGUGGAGUCUGCACUCACUCACAUAAAAGACAUGCAGGCCCGAAUUCAAGCCCUGGAGAACGCAGGAGAUGUAGUCGUGAAGGCAUCAAGAUCUGCAGUGGAGGAGACAACACAGCACUCAGCUGCAGGCGCAGGCGCAUCUAGGGUGACUUCAGGGUCAGUUUAA